AUGGACAUCGCCAAAACAGCCUUGGGCAGCCCUGCUCCAGAGGGAGAGGAGCUGCAGCACGGCAGGUCUUCCCAGUGGGGCUGGGUGUCCCUGGGACUGGAGGCGCUGCGGAGGGCUGGGCAGCUCAGGGUGGGGCUUGCCGCCGUCCUGCCACGGCCAGGGGUGGGUGGGUGGCUCCUGCGGGGAUUCGGGAGCGGCCGGAGCCGCGGGGCAGCGCGGGCCCGGGGGCGCGCACGGGGCUCCUCCGGCCGGCAGAGGGCGCGCGCGGGGCGGCGGGCGCGGGAAGUGACGGCGGCGGCGGGGCCGGAGAGCGUGAGAAGAAUGGGUUCCGUGUCAGAGGAGCUCAGCUUGGUCCCCUUGCACCAGAGGCCGGAGCUGCUGGAAGCCUGUGCCGAGCUGCUGGGCGAGGAGUGGGGCAAGAGCCGGGCGUCGCGGCUCCACACCCUGCAGCGCUCCUCCGACGCCUUUCCCACCUGCCUGCUGCUGAUCCGGAGCCUGAGCCCCAGCCAGACCCCUGCUGCCCGGGAGGGGCCCUGCGAGCUCGUGGGCCAUGCCCGCCUGUCCCGUGUGGUUGGCCGUCCCCAUGACCUCUUUGUGGAGAGCGUGGUGGUGUCCCGGGCGCUGCGGGGCCGGGGCUACGGGCGGCGCCUGAUGGAGGCCACUGAGCGGUGGGCCUGGGCCCGGGGCUUUCGCUGCCUGCACCUCACCACCCACGACAAGCAGCAUUUCUAUGCCCACCUGGGCUUUGUCCUGGGUGAGCCGGUGCAGAGCGUGGCCUUUCUCAGCCCGGCUAUAUCUUCUGAGGUGCUGCGGCUUUUCUCCGCCCCCUCCGGGGCUGCCACUGCCACCACCACCAGGCCAUGGGUACCCGCUGCCCCCCCUCCUCCCCUGCCGCCCCUCACUGUCCCCCCACCGCCUCCCCCACCGACUGUCAUCUGGGCAAGGGGUGUCCUGGCUGAGAGCAGCGAGCAGAGCCUCCUGGAAUCCCCACACCGUGAUGCCAAAGGGCUCCCCAUCUUCUGGAUGAAGAAGGACAUCCGAGGGGCUGGGGCCCCGAGCCAGUGAUUAAAUCAGUGCAGGCAGGAGCUGCCUGCUGCAGCACUGCCUGACUGCCUGCCAUUCUUCAGGUCUGGCACCAGCUCACCCAGCCUCAUGGUUCACUCUGGCCCCAUUGCUGGGGGCACGGGGUGCUGGCAGGGAAGUGGUUCCCAUGCCCUGCCCUACCUGGGCAUGCUGCCUCCUGCCUGGGGCUCUGGGACCACCAGCAUGGCGGGGAGCCAGGCCCACCUCAGGCUGUGGGGUUGGCACUAGUCCCCAGGAGCACUGCCCAGUCCCACCAGUGUCUCCUCCAUUUAGGAUUUGCUGUGGGACAGCUGGGGCUGAUGGCAUGUGGUGGCCUCCAGCAUGGUCACAGCUGUACUCAGAGCAGCCUGGGUAAACUGAGGCACAGGAUGGCUGGGGGGCCACUGUGGGAAGAGGGCAUGGUGGCGGCACUACAGGACUGGGUCCCCUGCAGUGCGUGGUGAGGGGGGCAGGUGGCCAAGCCCCCCUAGGGCAGCCUGUGUCAGUAAGGGCCAGAGGCAUGGGAGCAGGAAGGUCAGAGAGAGUGUCCGGCCUCGCAACGAGGGAUUAGCACUGUCCUUGCUGUAUCACGCGGCCCUGAGCCCAUUCCCCGCCUAAUCCCCUCAUUCUGGGCAGCUGGCCAGCGCUGGGCAGGGGCACCAGACCCCUCUGUCCCUGCCUAAGCUGUAAGGGACAGAGCUUCCCCUCUGGCCCCACCUUGCCUCGUGUGGGGACUCAGUCCUUCAGCAGAUCACCCAGCCUGGCUCAGCACUGAGCUGAAACGGGGACCAGGGAAUUUCAGUGCCUCCACUACAGGCACGACUGGGAGCUGCAGGGACAUUGAGGCACCAGGGUCAGUGGCUUGCAGUGCCACUCCAGAGCUCUGCCGUGGUUGUGGUGGUGCAAGCAGGAUCUCAGCACCAGAGAACAGCAGGCAGAGGCAACACUGGCAGUGCUGAGGCAGGAGGGGUCUCAAACCCCCAAGUAUACCCAGUUCUGUCAGGUUUUGGGGUGGGCAGCAUGUGCUUGCAGGACAGCCCAGCCCCUGUGGCCAGUCCUAGUCCACCAUGUGCCAGGGUGGCAAUGCCUGCAUUGUUGGAAUCCCACUGCAUCCCACAGCCUCACCCCCACGGCUCUCCUUUCCUCGCAGGGUGCCGGCCCCGCAAGCCACUGCUGAGGGGAUGGUGCUGGUGCUGGCACUGUGGGCCUGCCUGGCACUGGGCACAGCCAGUGAGGAGAGCCCGGCCCCCGAGCCCCUGGCAGGCGGCCAGCCCUUUGCCGUGGUGUGGAACGUCCCCACCGGCCGCUGCCAGCACCGCUUCGGCGUGGGGCUGCCCCUCAGCGACUACGGCAUCGUGGAGAACCAGGGUGGCCACUUUGCUGGCCAGAACAUCACCAUCUUCUACAAGAACAAGUUUGGGCUGUACCCCUACCUGUCACAGCAGGGUGUCCCCCAUAAUGGGGGCAUCCCCCAGCGUGUCUCCCUCGAAGCCCACAUCAACAGGGUGGCUGAGGACAUCCACCUCCUCCUGCAACCUGCUUUCCAUGGCUUGGCUGUGGUGGACUGGGAGGAGUGGAGGCCCCUGUGGGCCCAAAACUGGGGGGCCAAAAAGGUGUACCGGACAGCCUCAGAGCAGUGGGUGCAGGAGCAGCACGGCAUCCUGCCAGCACAGCAGCGGCUCCGACUGGCCCAGCUGGAGUUCGAGCAGGCAGCACAGGCUCUAAUGGAGGAGACACUUCUGGUGGGCCGGGCCCUGCGCCCUGGGGGGCUCUGGGGUUUCUACCGCUUUCCCGACUGCCUCAACAGCAACUGGGCCAAGGAGGCCAACUACACCGGGCAGUGCCAGCCGGCAGAGGUGCGGCGUAACAACCAUCUGGGCUGGCUCUGGGCCGCCUCCUCUGCCCUCUACCCCAGCAUCUACCUGCCGCUGGCGCUGCCGCCCGCCCUGCGCCAGCGCUACGUGCACCACCGGCUGCGCGAGGCCCUGCGCGUGGCCGCCCGCGGGCCCGGCGGCCUGCUGCCCGUGAUCGCCUACUCCCGCCUCUCCUUCCGCCGCUCGUCCCGCUUUCUGCCGCUG